AUGUCCUUGGGAUACGCCGACCGCCUGAAGAACAAGCGCAACUUAGGUGGCCAGCUUGGCGCGAAGGAAUACCAUCAAACCUUUGAUGAAAUUAAAGAAGGCGUCAAAUCUCUAGCAAAAUGGGUUGCGGACGCCAAGCGAGUCUUUGUGUUCACGGGCGCUGGGAUUUCAACCUCUUGCGGAAUACCUGACUUCCGGGGGCCAAACGGGAUUUGGACAUUGCGCAAGAAGAAGAUCCCCAUUCCCACCGACUUCACCCCGUUUGAGUACGCCAAGCCAAGCUUCACGCACAUGGCAAUCGCCGCGCUGGUCGCUGCUGGCAAAGUGCCGUACGUUUGCAGUCAAAACGUCGACUCCUUGCAUUUAUGGAGUGGGGUGCCCAGGAACCGGUUGGCGGAGUUGCACGGCAAUUGCUUUGCGGAACGGUGCACGCAGUGCCGUUCAGAGUACGCCCGAGACUUUCAGAUGGAGACGGUCGACUUCAAACCCAGUGGCCGGUUGUGCGACCAACCCGCCUGCGGGGCUCCCCUGGUGGACAACAUCCUGGACUGGGACACGCCCCUGCCGGAAGAUGAGCUGGGCGAGGCCGUACGACACGCGGAGGAAGCGGACGUGGCGCUGGUGCUGGGCACCUCACUGCAGAUUCAGCCCGCGAACGAGAUCCCGACCCUGACAAGAGACGGAGGCGGUAAGAUGGUGAUCGUCAACCUCCAGAAGACCCCCAAGGACCGCCGAGCCAACCUCAUCAUUCGCAGUCGGGUGGAUCUAGUGAUGGCGCUGCUCAUGAAGGAACUGGGAAUGCAGGUUCCUCCGUACAUCCGUACAGAGCGGCUUGUCGUGGAGCACGAACUCUCCCACAGUGGCGGCGGUGGUGGCGGCCGCGUCCUCACGGUUCGCGUACGGAGCCAGCACGGCCGCCACUGUCCGUUGCCGAUGGUCGAGUCCGUGCAGAUCUCCGUCACAGCGGAGCCAGAG